CGCACACGCACGCAUUGACGCAGCCGUCACUGGUGACGCAAUUACGUAUUCGGAGCCUGUACGUUUAAGCAAAAUGGCAGCAGGGGCAGAGCACGGGUUGAAGAAAAUAGUUUGGCAAAGAAUCAAGGACACUAUUAUCGCAGACUGCAGAAAAUCAGAAAUAUGGAAGAUAAUGAUGCUGGACGGCUUCACCACACGGCUCCUGUCGUCGUGCUGCAAAAUGUCCGACCUGAUGUCCGAGGGCAUCACGAUUGUGGAGGAUUUGUUCAAAAGCAGAGAGCCAGUCCAGGAGAUGAAGGCUAUCUACUUCAUGUCUCCUACUGCCAAGUGUGUAGAUGCAUUUAUAAAUGACUUCAAGCUCAAACCCAAGUACAAAGCUGCAUAUGUCUACUUUACUGACUACUGUCCAGAUGACCUGUUCAACAAAAUGAAACAGUUCUGUGCAAAGCACAUCAAAGUGUGUAAAGAGAUCAACAUCUCCUUCCUUCCCUUAGAGACUCAGGUGUUUACCUGUGAUAAACCCGAGGCCUUCAAAAGCAUCUUCAGCAGUAACAGUCAGGAUCGAGGGCUAACCCUAGAGAGCAUCGCCGAUCAAAUCGUCAGUCUGUGCGCCACCCUGGACGAGUACCCUGGUGUCCGAUACAGGAAGGAUUCAGUGGUGGAUUCUGCUAAACUGCUAGCUGAGCUAGUGGACAAAAAACUAGCACGAUAUUAUGAGCUGGAUGACAGCGACAAGAAGAAGGAAAAGACCCAAGCUCAGCUAAUCAUCGUCGACCGUGGGUUUGACCCCGUGAGCCCGAUACUUCACGAGCUGACAUAUCAGGCCAUGGCUUACGACCUCAUACCCAUCAACAGUGACACCUACAGGUACAAAGGGAAAGAUGGAUCAGAGAAAGAAGCUUUACUGAACGAAAAUGACGAGCUAUGGAUGAAACUGCGACACAUGCACAUCGCCGAGGUCACCGCGCAAAUUCCCAAACUGGUGAAGGAGAUCUCUGCUAACAAGAAGCAGCCUGAUGGGAAGAUUUCGAUAGGAGGAUUAGCCCAACUCAUGAAGCAGAUGCCCUCCUUCCGUAAACAGGUCACUCAGAAAACGGUUCAUCUCAGUCUAGCAGAGGAUUGCAUGAACAAGUUCCAGAGCUCAGUGGAGAAGCUGUGCAAAGCGGAGCAGGAUCUUGCCGUUGGUUCUGACGUAGAAGGUCAGAAGGUGAAAGACCCCAUGAGGACGCUGCUGCCCAUCCUGCUGCACCCGCACAGCACCCACGAUAAGAUCCGUGCCGUGCUGCUCUACAUUUUCAGCCUCAACGGGACGACAGAGGAGAACCUGAAUAAGUUAAUUCAGCAUGUGAAGAUUGAGGCGGAGCCGGAGUACAUCACCAACUGGAAAGAGUUAGGGGUGCCUAUCAUCAGCUCGUCGAGUCUGUUCUCUUUCCGGAAGCCGUCUAGAAGAGAUCGCUCCCAGGAGGAGACAUACAACCUCUCAAGAUGGACACCAGUUAUCAAGGACGUGAUGGAGGAUGUGGUGGAAAAUAAGUUGGACACAAAAGAGUGGCCGCACCUGUCCGAGUGUCCCUCUGCGUGGAAUGGAUCCCGAGCUGUGAGCGCAAGGCAGAAACAUAAGCUGAGCUCCCCGGACGACCACAGGAGUGGCUCCCGCCUCAUCAUCUUCAUCCUGGGCGGAGUCUGCUACUCAGAGAUGCGCUGUGCCUACGAGGUCACCAAAGCCACCAAGUCCUGCGAGGUCAUCAUCGGUUCCACUCACGUCCUGACUCCCACUAGCCUACUGGAGAGCAUUCGAGACCUGAGCAAAAAACCCAUGGAGACUUUCACAGUAGUGGACGAGAAAGCCAGCUGCUGAGCGUCAGGACAUUGAAAACCCUCACACUCUCUCUUCUCCUCAUCCUCCUCAUCCUCCUCAUCCUCCUCCUGCCUUAAUCUAACCCUGUCUUUCUCCAAAGCACUCAGCGUCUCUGUUAGAGGAUUGAAGGGAACUCAGAUGUGAUCAGUUUUACGGGCCUCCCCCAGUUCUGUUACAGGCUACACACCUGGGACAGGUAAAUGCGAGCGGUUAGACUACCUGCCUCAGGUGUGUGAGGCUCUAAUAGAGGAAAUGAACAGACUGGAAGGGGAGUACUGGACCUCUUCAUACAGCUUGAACAAACGGCAGACUCUGAUGGUUGAAGAUGAUUCCAGAUGUGAUAGUUUCUAUGAGAAACAUCAGGUUUCUGAUUGGGUUAAUGUUGUUCAGGUUGUGUGAAGAUGGCCAUUAAAGGGAUCGAGCCAAUGCACGCUAUUUUCCUCGGGGUCUGACCUUUGUUUCCUAUGAGGAUAAUGUAGCAGAAUAGAUCAUGUAGAAGUCUGUCUCACCCAAAAUGUUUUUGUAAAUACAUGUGCAAAUCUUCAUAUACGCCAAAUAUACUCUGUUGUAAAAUAGCAGAAAGAGAUUGUAUUUCCAGAAGGUCAGAAUAGGUCAGAAGGUGUUAAUCAAUUUUCUAUAACAGCAGCUCUGAAAGUAGUGUAUCUACAAAUCACCGGUUUAUGUUAAUGCACUCGUUCUAAUACAUUAUCGUUUCUGUAAUAACAGUUAGCAUUUAUGGAAGGAGUCUCCAGUGUCAGCGCUUUGUGGUUUUUCUGUAACGUGAACGCUGCUGAGAAGCUUUUUUAACCAACUAAUCAACAAGCUGCUAUGAAGUAACUGACUAUAGCUGCUAUGAAGUAACGGGAGGGUGAUUUUUUUUUUUUUUUUAUAAACGGAUAAUGAUCUUAUAAUAAAAAGCUCUAAGAGAUGGUCAAUUGCUGUGGUGUAAGAGGAAUAAAACACAUCAAAACAUGCUGUUAUAGGAAGAUUCUGUCUUUAAACUUUAAACUUAAUCACGGUUCCUGUUGUCCAAUAUGGCUGCCUGAAGAACGUUAUAGAAUUCAUUUACACCUUCAGAUUUGUUCAUGUUUAAUCAGCUCUGUGUUGAGGUUUAAGGAGGAUAUUUACAUUGAUUUUAGGUGAGAGAGAUUUCUUUCACUUCUUAGCUACAUUAGCUUCAUAGUAAAUAAAUCAAACACCAGGCAUGUCAUGUGAUUUGGUGUAAAUUUGAAUUUUCACUUAAGCAACUCUUUAAGAUACAUUAGUUUCAUGAUGAAGCUGAUCAUUCCUGUAUUCCUGUAAAUGUAAGUAUUUAGUAGACAAAUUGUGCUAAUGAUGGCACUAUCUGUGCUUAUUACCUUCUUCAUGUAUUUAUACAUUACACUAAAUUGCGGUUAGAGUUCAUACUGCUGUGUUUCUGUCUUUUGUUGCGUAAUUAUCUCUGCACUGCUUUGUGUGACUACUUAACUAUGCGCACACUUGGACUGAAAACCAGCGCUGUUGCGUCACGACCCUGUGUGACUGGAGUUCAGUUUUAAUAUAUUCCUCAAAUGCACUGAAUUCGGGGUGAGGUGGCGGAAUCACUGGAGCAGAAUUGGUGCAGAAGUUGUUUUUCAGACCUGUACAUGAUCUAAGAGUUGUAUUUGUUACUGUCUCAUUUAAACACAAUCCACAGAGACUUUGUGCUGAGUAAAAAUCGUCUGAGCACCGCACCAUGGAGCCUGCUUUAGUGCUCCAGCAAAGAGAACUGCAUCUCUAUAUUUAUGCAAAAUUGUACAUUUUUCUUCAGUUUGAUCAUUAAAUUCCCCAUUUUGUAAAAAUCCUUGCCCAGGAACAUAAGCACAAGCUGCCUUAUUUAGUGAUUAGACUGAAAAUCAGUAGUUCAGUAAUGCUGCAGGAGGAAGCACAGGAUUACACCUCUUAACCCCUUAAUAUAGUCAAUCAGCUGAGACAUUUAGUGGCUGAUUUUUGAUUUUUUUUUUUUUUUUUUUUUUUAAACUGAAGUGACAAGGCUAAUGUAGCUAACAAGCAAGGCUGCUUUCAAGCUUGGCUUUUUUUUUUUUUUUUUUUUUUUUUA